UUCCAAUUCCGCCCCUCCGCAUAUGCUUCCCCUUCAUAUCAACCUUCACCCACUACCUUCCCCUCCAUAACCUCAACUUAAUUCGCACACCCAAUUCAAUAAAUCCCAAAAAAUCGAUACCCAUCUCCCCAAAUCCCCACAAAACUCAAAACCCAUUUCACGUAAUCAAGAAAAAAAUCAUACCCAUUUGAAGAGCGACAUGAAAUUCGGCAAGAGUCUGAGCAAUCAGAUCGAACAAACAUUGCCUGAAUGGAGAGAUAAGUUCUUGUCUUACAAGGACCUCAAGAAGCAAUUGAAGCUAAUCAACCCACAAGGGAAAUCCGGCGAUGUUUGUAACAGGGAAGCUAAAAGACAGCGGGUUUCCGGAGAUUGGACGGCGGGUGAUGCCGGAAUUGGAGGAAUGUCGAAGGAGGAGAUUGAUUUCGUUGAUUUGUUGGAGAAGGAGAUUGAGAAAUUUAACUCGUUCUUCGUUGAGAAAGAGGAAGAGUAUAUCAUCAAAUUAAAGGAACUCCAAGAUCAUGUGGCAAAAGCAAAGGAUUCAAGUGAUGAGAUGAUAAAAAUUCGAAAAGAAAUGGUUGAUUUCCAUGGAGAAAUGGUUUUAUUGGAGAAUUAUAGCGCGCUAAACUACACAGGAGUAGCUAAGAUUUUGAAGAAAUACGAUAAAAGAACCGGAGCCGUUCUUCGUUUACCCUACAUUCAAAAAGUCCUGCAACAACCAUUCUUCACCACGGACUUGCUUUUCAAGCUCGUGAAAGAAUGUGAGGCGCUGCUAGACCUGCUCUUCCCUCUAACUGAACCGUCAGCUUCAUCAGAAGAGGAAGCUGACAGUACUGGUGCUGGCGACACUGAUGUCGCCAGCACCUCGGGAAGCGCAGGACAGUUGAGCGCUAGAGAAUAUGCUGAGCUUGAGUACAUGAAGAGUUUAUAUACAAAAAGCACGAUUUCUGCUUUACGGGUUUUGAAAGAAAUAAGAAGUAGGAGCUCGACUGUCAGUGUAUUUUCAUUGCCACCGAUGCAAGUGAGCGUGUUGGAGGAGACUUGGAACAAGUUUCCGGUGCUUGAACAGUUAGCAAAGUAGGAAGGGGAGUUUUUAUACUUUGAUGUGUUU